CCUGGUACACCCAAUUUGGACAGACGGGGCCCGAAACCCAAGGUGGAGCCAUGGAGGCUUCUCUGUCUCUCCCGUUUCGCUCUGUCCAGCCGCGUCUCCACCAAGCUCCCGCCACGAGCUUCGUCACCUGCGGGCUUCGCAACAGUACGAGGAGGCCUCUGUGGAGGUCGGACGUGUUGUCGACGGAGGCCAUACAAGCCGUCCAGUCCCUCAAGCUGGCCAAAUCCACUCCUCGGUUGAGCCACGUCCUCAGCACGACCCUCGCUCGGCUCUUGAAAUCCGACCUCUUGAACACCUUCGCCGAGCUCAAGAGACAGAACGAGGUCGAUUUGGCCCUCAAGGUCUUUGAGUACGUGUGCAAGGAGGAAUGGUACCAAACUGAUCUUGCAUUGCGUUGCGAGAUGAUCCAACUAUUGGGAAAGAACAAAAUGGUCACUCUUGCCGAAGUUGUUUUCUCCGGACUUCUGAAAGAAGGGAUUGAAGGCGACACAAGGGCGUAUGCGGAGAUGAUUGGAGCAUAUCUAACAGCGGACAUGAUUGAAAAGGCAAUGCAGACCUAUGAGAAGAUGAAAGCGGCUGGUCGUUCCCCAAAUGAAUUUACCCUGAUGAUCCUCAUAAGAAAUCUAGAGAAGGCCGGAGAAAGAGAACUGGUAGAGUUCGUGAAGAGAGAUUGUGUUGAAUAUUUGGAUUCUCCUAAAAAGUUCCUAGAAGAAGUUGAAAGAAAAUAUCCGAAGAGGAGGUCAGUUGAACUUGUUUGAGGACUUACAGCUAUGCAAGCAUGAGCAGCUAGAAGUUCUCCUCCAGCAAUGAGAAGACGCACCACUUUUGCCGACUUCUAUCAAAAUCAUUGCACAUGGUUUGCAGCAGGAUCUUGAAUUUUUUUGUUGAAAUAGAGACACGGGUGAUCACUCUCAAAAUGUUAAUAGGCAUUCAUACGUGGCUAGGUCUCUAAUCCAGAGGAGCUUAGGCCAGAUGAAGCAGAUUCCGGAUGUUUAUAACAGGUGCUGAUGGUGUCUUUUCUCAUGUUGCAAAGUCACUGUUGCUUAUGUUAUAUGGAACAGGUUUUUAAAUUAAUCAGAAAAUGUAGAUGUUCUAUUUGUUUGUGGAUGGACCUCAUUUUUUAUGGUCACAAGUUGCUUCCAGUUGA